GAGCCACAGGACCGGACCUCGUAGAGCAGCCACUCUGCCUGCAGCAGGAGGUGCAGGGCCCCCGUCUUUUGCCCAUCUGGUUUUCCGGGACGAGCACCCACGAUGAAAAGGGGUUGGCUGCCAGCUUGCCACCGGAGGAGAUGUGGAAGGGGAGGACCCAUUCCAGAGACAGAGGCCGUGGCUCCCUCUGACCUGGGCUAAUGACGGCUGGCCCGUGUUUGGCCAUGAUGACAGGUCUUUUCGAAGAUGGCAUUUUUACCCUCUGGACAAAUAGCAGUUGGCCCGAGUGGGGCUUUUUUAUGAGUUGAGGUACUCAGGGCUGGAAAAUAAACAGGCAGCUAAUGAAACGUUCUUAUGGAAACUGGCAUAAAUAAUAACAAAGGAAACAUCCUGUCCCCUGUGCCAACACCCUCCGGUGAGGGGCUAUAAAAGCUGCUGGCCGCUGGCCACCGUCAGACGUGGGGAACUCCGGCCGCGCUCCUGACCUGCCACCUGACCAGCCGGGACCAUGGGGUGCUGCCCGGGGGACUGCUUCACCUGCUGCCCUCAAGAUCAAGACUGCUGUGAAGUGUGCUGCUGCCAGCCCGCCUGCUGCGGCUGCUGCGGGUCCUGCUGCGGCUGCUGCGGGUCCUGCUGCGGCUGCGGGGGCUCGGGCUGCGGGAGCUCGGGCUGCGGAGGUUGCGGGAGCGGCUGCUGCGGGAGCGACUGCUGCGGCAGCGGCAGCGGCUGCGGCUCGGGCUGCGGGGGCUGCGGGUCCAGCUGCUGCGGGUCCAGCUGCUGCGGCUCGUCCGGGUGCUGCGGCCCCGUCUGCUGCCAGCCCACGCCCGUUUGCGAGACGAAGUGAAGCCCCCUGUCUUCUCCGCGGAGGUGGCCCAAGCAAAGCCUGCACCUGCUGCACGUGGGGACCCCUCGUCUCCGGGACCUUCCCCGCAUCCAAGACAGCAUCCUGCCUCCGUGUUAUUGGUAGACGAGGGCUUGUUCUCCAGCGCCUGCCCUGGUGUUUCAAGGCCCCGAGCACAAGAGCCAUAUGCUGGUGAGAGAUGGAAACUGGUUCCCAUACAAAGUGAUCCCGAAGCUCACAGGGUGAAUCCCCAUGGCUUUAUUUUCAUGGACUCACAUGUCUUGUCACUAUAAGGCAUCCUCUGACUCAAGGUGGCUUUGGGACUGACCCUUCUCCUCAGCUCUCUGCUGCUUUUUGGUGCGAAGAUUUCUUUGUUAACUUCUUAAUAAAUUCGAGCUUGCUGGCGUAACCAAA